AUGGGGGCGGCGGGUGAGGCUGGCACAGCGCUCCAGUGUGCCGCCGACGGGGAUUGUCGCGCUGCCCGUCGAGCUGCUCGACGCGAUAUUCGAGGAAAUAUACGGCGCGGUGGAGCGGCUCAUGCUGGGGAUGACUUGCCAGGCGCUGUGGGCCGUCGGGCGCCGCCACGUGUACGCCCUCCUCGUGCAGGACACUGCGGCCAUGUGCAAUUGGGCGGGCGACCGCAUCGCGUGUCUCGGCGACUAUAUGCCGCUCCGGGAAGUGCCGGAGCAUAUAUUGCUGAAGGAGGAGCGCGCGGAGAUGCGUCGGGCAGACUCGGACCGGCCGGGGCGGACGACAGCGAAAGUGAUGAGGAGGACGAGAAACCGCGAUCACACGGCGACGAGGACGACGACAAGGGCAUCCCGGAGUGGUGGUGGACGGAGUGCGGAUCGACAUCGUGGGUGCAGCGCACGGCUGAAAUUGUGCGCAACGCGGUGCUGUCACUCGCAGAUUACCAAGGCGACGCGAUGUGGGUGUGCAGCGCGCUCCUCGACGUCGCGAUCACGUGCGACCCGCCCCUCGCGCCGCGCACCGCCGUCCUCCGCAACCUCACACUUAAAGUGUACGUUCGCGAGGCGGCGCUUGCAGAAAUGUGUGAGCGCUUCCGCGGGUCCGAGAAGUUGCGCGCCGAGUUCGACCCCCGGGCGCUGAAAGCUGUGCCACGGCUGUGGGACACGACGUUGGGGGACUUGCUGCACUGCCUGAUAUGCUGGAGCAGCGUAGACUCGACAGCGAUGCGCUACGAGGGCAACAUAUACCAGGGCAUUUGGGCGGGGCACUGCUUCGACAUCGUUGGCGGCACAUGGCUCGACAAGGAAGGGGUCGAGCGGGAAGGGUGGAUGGACGUCACUGAAGAGGCGUUGGCGGAGUUGGAGGCCGUCUGGCGCUCCGAAUAUGGACUGCGGGACUAUUAG